CAUGGGACGACGCAGGGUACAGAUGCAGGGUACAGAGAACUGCUACUGCCAUCCUGCCUGGGAAAAAUCGACCGCAUUGUUUUCAUUGGAGGAGCGGACAAAGCAAGUCGUGUAUGAAAACGAAUUGCUCGCACAGUCAAGCAAAUAUAUUGGGACUGUAUCACGUAAAAGAAGCGCCUGCCUAUGCGUGGGUGGGAACACCGCACUGUAUCGAAGAUGGAAGUUACGAUAACAAUCCGACCAAAAGCGAUAAGAACAUUGGGUGAAUUGUUCUGAGAAUUGGGAAGCAAUAGCGUAUUACGGAUACCAUAUAGGACAGUGUUUAUCAGUCAAUGUAGCAUUGGCGUUGACAUUCAGGACAAUCUCAGUCUACUUGGAUACGAACAGAAUGAGACGGCGCGUCUGAAUUUAACACCUACAGUUUCUUCACUGCGUCUGUUUCACCAGGGGCAGUGUCUGAAGAGCUACCCAUUGCUUCACGGGAUCCUAAAAUGCAUUUUACUUCUCUCUGCCAGAUUUUUCAUUAUGCUAUGGUUGCCAAAUAAUUCCAACCGUAGUACACUUCAGUACACUCUGAUACAACAUCUAAUACACUCUGGAAUCAGACACUUUUGGACUGUAUAGCUCUCGACUGGGCAUUGGAAUAGCUUUUCAAUUUACGUCGCUUUCUGUCCCACUUGGAUCAUAUUGGAAUUAAGGUGUGGUUUGAGCUUUUAACCCGAUAGACUAUUUGAAAGAUAGCAUGCCUAUAGGAAUUUCACAGAAUGGUAGCUCUGGAUUUGAAAAUGAUGCUUUAAGACGCGCAUCAAUUCGGUGAGCAUUUUCUCAAGCGAAAUCGAUGUCACCUUGGAGCGAACUCUUUCGUCCAACGAUCUACUUAGAAAUACCACUGUAAGAUAAUGCUUGUGCGGAAAUAAUUCAUAUGUAAUCUUCUAACAAUAUCUACGGGGUGCUAUCCACCGCAUGUCAUAAGGCUGCUUUGAAGCUAAUACUUUGAGAGGCUGAGAAGAGAAGACAUUCUGGUGGAGCUGUAUCUUUGAUGCAGGCAUCUUCCUCCGUGCGUCGACACUGUCAGUGGGUCAGGACCCCCAUGUGAGAUCUACGAUGGAAACCAGGGCCUGAAAUCUGGAUUUGGAAGCUGAUAGACCAUGGAGCGGUUGCUUCUGUGCGUGCUACUUGGAGCAGCCUUGGUGGAGGGCUAUAGCUGCCCAGGCCGCUGUAUCUGCCAGCACCUCUCUCCCACCCUGACCUUGCUCUGUGCCAAGACAGGCUUGCUCUUCGUGCCCCCCGCCAUCGACCGCAAGACGGUGGAGCUGCGUCUCACAGACAACUUCAUCACCAUCAUCCGCAAUAAAGACUUUUUGAACAUGACCAGCCUGGUCCACCUCACCCUGUCCAGGAACACCAUCAGCCAGAUCACCCCCCAUGCCUUCGGGGGCCUCCGGGCCCUGAGAGCUCUUCACAUGGAUGGUAACCGCCUCAGUGUCAUAAGGAGCGACCACUUCAAAGGCCUGGUCAACCUGCGCCACCUCAUACUGGGAAACAACCAGAUCCACCAUGUGGCCCCCACCUCUUUCGACGAAUUUGUGUCCACCAUCGAGGAUCUGGAUCUGUCCAACAACAACCUGAGAUCUCUGCCCUGGGAGGCAAUCGCCCGGAUGACCAACAUCAACACCCUCACGCUGGACCACAACCUGAUAGACCACAUUGGAGCAGGGACCUUUACCCUCCUCACCAAGCUGGUGCGGCUGGACAUGACCUCCAACCGGCUGCAGAAGCUGCCUCCGGACAGUCUGUUCCAGCACGCCCAGGUGCUGUCCGACACCCAGGGCUCCAACCCAUCCUCCCUGGCCGUAAGCUUUGGAGGGAACCCUCUCCACUGCAACUGUGAGCUGCUGUGGCUGCGGAGACUGACCCGGGAGGACGACCUGGAGACUUGCGCCUCACCAGACAACCUCAUGGACAAGUACUUCUGGUCCAUACAGGAGGAGGAGUUCAUGUGCGAGCCCCCUCUGAUUACCAAGCACCUGGCUUCCAAACCCUACGUCAUGGAGGGUCAAGGUGUCACCCUCAAGUGUAAAGCUAUGGGAGACCCCGACCCUGCCAUUCACUGGCGCUCCCCCGACGGCAAGCUGGUCCACAACAACUCGCGUACCAUCCUGUAUGACAACGGCACCCUGGAGAUCCUGAUCACCACCCUGAAAGACAGUGGCGCUUUCAACUGCGUGGCCUCCAACGCCGCCGGCAUCGCCACGGCCGCCGUGGAGAUCAACAUGAUACCGCUGCCUCUGUUUGUCAACAACACAGGCCACAUGCGCGAGGCCGAUCCAGGCCUCUCCGACAUCACCACUUCCUCCAAGUCUGGCAACGACACCAAGGGUCACAACAAGCACCAGGACAAGAGGGUGGUGGUGGCUGAUCUUACUUCAUCCACGGCUGUGAUCCGGUGGCCGUCGGAGCGCCACAUCCCCGGCAUAAGGAUGUACCAGAUCCAGUAUAACAGCACUGCAGACGACACCCUGGUGUACAGGAUGAUCCCGUCCACCAGCAAGACCUUCCUGAUUAACGACUUGGCCGCGGGGCGGGAAUACGACCUGUGUGUACUGGCGGUGUACGAUGACGGCAUCACCUCAUUAACGGCCACUCGUGUGGUGGGCUGCGUCCAGUUUCACACCGCCAGUGAGGUCAGCCAGUGCCGUUUCAUCCACAGCCAGUUCCUGGGAGGCACCAUGAUCAUUAUCAUCGGUGGGAUCAUCGUGGCUUCGGUGCUGGUGUUCAUCAUCAUCCUUAUGAUUCGCUACAAGGCCUACAGCGGUCCCGAGGACGGCAAGACCAAGGUCAGCCUCAGCAUGCACUCCCAGACCAACGGCAGCCAGCACAGACUCCAACACUCCACCUCGAAACAGCCUUCUGAGGAGGAUCACCGCGAUGCCAAGGAGUGCAUGGCCCUGGUGCUCCGGGUGGACAGCGAGAAGAGGGAGGACCCUGGGGCUACCACAGCCAUCCUGGAGGUGGAGCUGCCUCCGCUGACCAAGGAGAGGAUGAAGAGGAGGACCAGCCUGGACGCUCAGCAGCGCUCCGGCCCCCCCUCUGAGGACACGCAGACGGACAGCAGCCUGACGGGCUCCACCAUGUCCCUGUGUCUGAUCGGCCCCAACGCCGGCACCAAGGAAGCCCCCCGGCUCAAGGACAAGAAGGGUGCCCUCGCCAACAUGGGGCUUCUCCCUAACGAGCUUGCACGAACUAGGCACAGGUUCUCCUUCGACGGGGGGGAUUAUUCCAUAUUUCAGAGCCACAGCUACCCCCGCAGAGCAAGGACGAGGAGGCACAAGUCAACCAACCAGCUCAACAUGGAAUCCUCGCCACUCGCCAACCGCAGAGUCACUUUCAGCAGCACAGAGUGGAUGCUUGAGAGCACGGUCUGAGGGAAACAGUCUGGCCAAUCUGGCAGUUACACACACACACACACACACACACACACAGACACACACACACACAGACACACACACACACAGACACACACACAGACACACACACACACACACACACACACACAGACACACACACACACACACACAGACACAGACACGUAAACACAUAUUGACACCUCAGACAUUUCUACGUACACACUACACACUACCGCACACUGACUGUUGGUGAGUUGAAGGAGAACAACAAUCUCCUUUCCUCCUGCCUCCCCUCCACAUGCCCCCAGAGCGGGCUGUCGGUCAUGUCAUUUGUUUAUGCAGCAGUGCCUUAUUCUAAAAUAUGUACGAAUGGAGGAUGCUGCUCACUUCAGUCAUAAACCUUCUUUUCUGUCUUUGGUCUCUGCUAUUAGGCAGGGGCCUUCUGUCCCUUUUUUAUGACAUGCCAAGGGGCGUGGCUAAAGGAUGUGACUGUUUACCUUUUAUUGUUCAAAAACAACACACUGUAAAGUGAACAGCCAGGUAUCCUGUAUGUUGAUCAUCCUUUUGGUUAUUUCAAAGACAUUUGCACAGAAGACACGAGAUACAAGGACAAGUAUCACACCAGUCUAUACAAUAAAUAAAAAGAUACUAGCUAUACACAUGCCGAUUUCAAAUGUUAGCAUAGAGAGGAUGGACCUGCUAGAUCUAUGGAAUCCUCCUUGCUGGUUGGACUGUAUGAUAUUACUAGGUAUUGUUCCUGAUGUGAGUGUAUGAUAUUAAUCGGUAUUGUAUCUGGCUGGUCUAGAUAAAAAGACAACAAAAAAUACAUAUAUAAGUAUAUUAAAACAUUGGUGUAUGUGUACUAACUAUGUAAGUAAGUAAGUCAUAUGUCAUGACAUGACUUUUUACAAAGCAUUGGCUUGUUGGCCACGGGUUUUUACAUUAAAAACUUGUGUCAUUGAACUUCUCCCUACUUAGUAUGUCGGGGUUUGGACCACUUAGCCUUCACCAGAGGGUAUUAAAUUUUUUGUGUGGGUUAACUGUA